AUAAACUUAUGAAAAUUUUUUUCUCAACAAUUCUUGAAGACAUUAUUUUAACUUUGAUAAGCAGCAGACAGAUAGACUGACGUAACUUAAUCCGCUGCGUUCAUCACGCUGAUCACGGCUAGAAGGUUCGCUGAGCUGUUCUUUAAUGUACAAGUUUUCGAAAGAUCUACGAAAAGCAGAAAGGAGGGGGGCGGGUAUAAGAAUAAUGAGAAGCGAAGACAGAAAGUAGUAAAGAAAUCAAUAAAUAUUUUUAGUCAGAAUUUAACUUCAUUCACUAUGUAUAUAAACAUAUGCAAUAUAGUUCGAAGUGAAAACUUCGAUUACACUUUUAGUUUAUCAUCAAUGUAUUACUAUUUUGAGACUUAUACCACUUUUUCGCUGAUAGAGGUUUUGGUCUUCGUAGGCUGUUUCUUUUUUUUUUUGGAUUACCGACGCAUCCUCUAAAUUGUGCAUAAAUGUCAUGUUGAGUUAAGUGUGAGAGAGAAAAGUAGAUUUUCCGAAAGUAGCCUUAGCAUAACGUCUUGUAAGCAUUUUGAACGCGCUGAGUAGCUUGGCACCUAUUAAAAUCAAACUGACGUAAGUUAAAUAAAAAAUUGUGUAAUGCUAGCGACGAAAAUUUCAAACACUGUCCUCUUCUGCCAUGCCUUACAGAAACGUUCGAAAUCAUCCCAUCAAUUGUAAAUCCUUGUGGGCAAGCCUGGUUGGUUGCAAAACAAAAAGCUCUUCAAAAUUGAAAUAUUAACAAUAUUUAUACCCUACACCACUUAUGGAGGGAGAUGUAGUUAGGGUAGAUCCGCCUUUCAUUAUACCGAUCGAUUCAAAAAUGAUACUCUGGGCUUGUGUUCAACCUGCAGUUCGCAAUUUUUCAUAAAUUUUGAUGAAACUUGGUAAACUUUCCAUAUAACGCCCUUUUUUAUGAAAAGUCGAUAAAAGAACACGUGCAAGGCAGAAUAGGUAUUUAACCAAGGGAUGUGGCCCAUUGAACUGUUCUUAUUUGUUUUUAUUAUAGUAGUGGAAAUAGUAAGUACGAAAAUAAUAACAGUAAAUGGAAAAAAGUGACCUAACCUAACUUACCAAACAAGAUAUUCGCUUUCAAGUGCCGCCUGCAUGUAUUCGCGAAAAAUCAAACAAGUCAUCUGGGUGCAGUCCGUUACAGUUCGUAUACAGAGCCAUCAAAUACUAAAAAGAGAAAUUAUACAGUUAUUCCGUUAUUAUAAAAUAGUAAUAUAAGUUCCAAAGAUCGAAUUAAUAUAAAUUCAGAGUCCUGCGUCCGUCCGUCUGUCUGUCCAUGCGAUAUAAAAAUCGACGUGUUAACUUCCUCGCUUCUAGAUUAAUCCUGAGAGUUAAAUGUGUAAAUAAGUUUAAAUUGCCCCCAAAGACGCGCCAAAAAAAAAAAAAAAAAAAUUCACGAAUGCUCGCUUUCGAUUGCUUGAUUUUUGUAUUACUUACUAUAUAACAACUAUGGACUUGAAACAUGUGUGAGAGGCGAUAAAGAGUAGUGUAAGUCGGUGUUGGAUAUCCAAAAUUCACCCUAAGGUGAUUAUGGUUGAAACGCUUGUUGGUUGUCACUCUAGAAUGAGAUGGCAAUGAACUUAAAAAAUCGAAAUAAUAAUAGAAUUUAUAUAAAUUUUAUAAGCAUAUCAUAAAAACUAAUUACAUGAAUUAAUUAUAUAUGAUUAAUAUGAUUAAUAUUUUUACAAUUUUUUCUCUCCUUCUCUCCCUCCUUCUCUUUAACAGAAUACGAGACUUACAAAAAAAUGUAAAAAAAAAAAAUUUGUAAUAAUUAAAAAAAAAAUUAUAAUUAUUAAUUAAAAAAGAAGCAAAAAAAAAAAAAAAAAACAAUUAACUUCCUAUAUAAAUGUAAUCAACAAGAAAAAAAAUUGAAUGUUUAAACCGUGUAGUUUAGUGUAUAGUUUUUACUAAAUGCUGGUGUUUAACGUAGAUUCACCUUGAAAACUGUAAGCUGUUGACGUUUGAUGGCGUCAUUUGGCUUAAAACUCUCAGGCCAGAAGUAGUGGAUAGAAGAAGUAAAAUAUACACAUAUACAUAUGUACAUACCAAUAUACCAAUAAACCACCAGUAGAAUUAGCAGCAGCAGCAGCAACAACAACAACAACAAAAACACAAAAACCAAUAUAUUAUAAAAGUGUACGCGGAUUAAAAUACUCUACGUUAUAAACUCUAAAUUUAUCUACUACUACUUAGAGCUAACUAUAGCUACAACAUCAACAGCAACAAAAAUACAAACUGCAAGUAACUAAAUACAAAAUUCAACCAAAACGACCUCAAGCAACAAGCAACUUAAGCUACCUAGAAGUUAGUCACACUAGCAACAGCAAUAAUAACAACAACAAUAAUAAUAAUAAUAAUAAUAAUAACGAACAGGAAAACUGAAAAAAAAACCUCUAACACACAGCUAACUCCCCUAACUGAUUAAUCAUACAUAGCACAUAUGCAACCGUGUGCGUAUGCGUUUGUAUGUGUAUAUAUGUGCGUGUAUGUGUGCGUGCUUGUGUACAAAGGUAACAAAUUGAGUGAGUAACAAUACAUUUACAUAAAUGCACGCCUAAGUGUAUACGAGCAUAUAUGUAUCCGCAUAUAUAUGUAUAUAGAUAUAUAACGCUCUCAGGCCAAAACCGAUACACUGCCAAGGAGAACCUAAUAUAAAAUAAAGCAAAAAAAAAAAAAAGAAAAGAUAAAUAAAAAAACAGAACACUUGCUGCCAUUCAUUGUUUGCUCUGCCAGAGAUCAUAUAGCAGACAAUGUAAUAACAACAAAAACAACCACAAUAAUAUUCAUAAUAAUUUAAUUGUAAAGAAAUCAAAAUUUCAAAGGUGAGCAAAUUUAGUUUUAUAUAAAUUUUUGAAGAAGAAUAAAAAGAGGCAAACAAUCAAUCAUUCCUUCCCUCUGCUCUAAGGAUCUUCGCGAACGAGAAGAACGGAGAGAACUCAAAUUUUUUACAUUUAGUUGUCCUCUCUGAAACAUGGUACUUGUAUCAGAAUUAAAUAAUUGUCAUCAGCAAGCAUACCUUGAAGAAGAAACUUUACUCUUGCAACAUCGAGAACAACAGCAGUUACAACAACAACAACAACAACAACAACAGCACCGCCACCACCACCAACAUCAUCAACAGCAGCAACAACAACAACAGCGCCAUCAUCAACAAUUAAUUGCAUUAACUAACGAUGAUCAACAGAUAAUAGAAAAUUUUGAUGAAUUUAGCGACAACAUUAUCACCAAUAAUAUUUUAACUAACACCAACACUAACACGAGCAGUGUUGUCGGCGACAUUAUUGAAAUUGACACAAGCGAUGGUUUUAAUGAUAUUGUAGAGGAAAUUGAAGAUAUUUUUGAAUUUGAACAAUUGCAACAACAACGCGAAAGGCAAAUUAAUGUUAUUUUAGAAGAGGCAGAAGAAGAAGAAAAAGAAGCAGAACCAGAGAAAGAGGAAGACGAAGAAUUUGAAGAGAAGCAAGACAUUGUUGUGAAUGCAACAGCAAGUGAUAUAAAAAGUUUUCUGCUGCACAAGGAAGAGAUAGAUAUAAAUAGUAAAAGCCGAACGUCGUUAACGAAGUUAUCAGCAGCGACUUCAAAUAUUACUCAUACUAAAGUUGCUAAACCAACAACAACACCAGCAGCCGCAACACUAACAAGUCGCAAAAUUUUUACAGCUGUUAACAUAUGUGCAAGCAAUAUUAACAUCGGCAACAACAACGACAACAACAACAUUAUUAUUAGCAAUAUCACAAAUACAGUUGCUUUAAAUAAUAAUAAACGUCAUAGUAGUAGUGGUGGUGACAGUAGUCACGGCAAUAGUGGUGGUGGCAAUUGCAACAAUAACGACAGCCAUAGCAAUAGUACAACAAGCAAUAGCUGUAACAGCAUUAAUAGUAAUAGCAGCAGUAGUAGUUGUAGCAGCAGCAACAGCAGCAGCAGCAGAGGUGAUGAUUGUCUGAACGCGAAUGCCAUAAAAUUUAAUUUUGAAAAUAAUUUAAAUUUUACCAAUUGCAACACAAACAACAUUAGUAAUAAUAAUAAUAAUAAUAAUAGCAACAACAACAACAAUAACAACAACAACAACAUUAAAAAUAGCAAUAACCAUAUAAUUAGUUCCAUUAAAUUUGAAACAUCUCCCAUCGUCCGAUCCCUUAUACCUAUUAACGCCAAUAACGCCAAUAAUAAAAUGGACCAACAACAUCAACACCAACAACAACAAAAUGUCAUCUUUGGCUCUCAACGCGUUAAUAUGAAUUCAAGCACACCAUAUUCGGAUGCAACGCAAACCAAAAAACACUCACCCGGUCAUAUUAAAAGGCCGAUGAAUGCGUUUAUGGUUUGGAGUCAAAUGGAGAGACGGAAAAUCUGUGAAAAAACACCCGAUUUGCAUAAUGCGGAAAUCUCAAAGGAAUUGGGAAGACGGUGGCAAUUGCUGGGUAAGGAGGAGAAACAACCCUACAUUAUCGAGGCAGAGAAAUUACGAAAAUUGCACAUGAUCGAGUAUCCCAAUUACAAAUAUCGACCUCAGAAGAAACUCUCACGUGCUAGUUCUGCUAAUAAAAAUAACCCAAAUUCGGAAACACAAGGUGAAAACAAUGCAGAAUUGAAUUCAUCUGGGUCAUCGACGGGCUCUGCCAGUUCAUCUGCUGGGCAAAAAAAUCAUAAUGCAAGCGGCGGUAGGGGAGGACGCAAAAAACGUUCUGCAGCUCCGACUUACAAUAAUUCAACGCAUGCUAAGAAACAACGUCACAAUAGUACCAAAUCAGUCAAUUUUAGUACCGACUACGAAGAUGACGACGACAAUCAAAUGGAUAUCAGCAGUGGUUAUUUGAAUGCCGCUACCGGCAGUGAUUUUUCAAUUACCUCAAACAAUUUGUACAAUACGGACGAAUUGAAUAACCUGAAGAUCGAUCCCGAUCUAAGCAAGAAUGUGAUGUUACACGCUAACGCUAAUUUAGAAGACAAUCUACACAGAAUACACCCGCUACCUAGUUUGCAACACUUGAAAACCGAACCCGAAGCGAAAUUGGAUGAUGUACUCAAGUAUAUGAAUCCCGAUAAUUUCUUUGAAUCGUCAGUUGAAUUAAAGGAAUCAGUUGAUUGCAGUUUAGCCGAAAUCAAUAAACCGCGACAAUUACUGACGUUAAUAAAUCCCUCUAAUGAAUUGCAUAAUCAAUCAACGACAUAUGCCAGCGAACUGAUUGACAGCACAUUCGAUACCGAUGAAAAUGGUAUUGUGAACAAUGAUGCCAAUUUACAUCCUGCCAGUCAGCAAACAGCUGACCCAAUGGAAUUUUCGGACCUCAAAUUUUCCAUAUUUAAUAAUGACACUUUGUCUGGAACUCAGGAGCUGCAUACGCAAAAUAACAGUAAUAUACUCAUCUGUGAUGACAUGCUCAGGCUGGACGAUGAUACAACGCCACAUCAACACGAUCAUCAAGAGUGCUUUGCCACACUGCCAUGCAAUGAAGACUGCAAAAGCAGAAUUAGUAACAGCACUCAUAAUAACAACAAUAACAAUACCAGCAACAAUAAUAAUAAUAAUAAUAAUAAUAAUAAUAAUAACAAUAGCAACAAUAACAACAACAAUAACAGCAAUAAUAAUAGCAGCAAUCACCAUCAUCGUCAUCACAAUAACCGGUUAACGCCUGGCGAUAAUGGUCCUUUAACAAGCGGUGCCCAACUGUUUACAUUACCCCAGCAAACGGUCACCAUGAAUAUCGAAAUACACGACAGCAAUGGCAGCCUUCGUUUGAAAAAGAGUGACUCAACAUUCCACAAGAAUGACACAUUGCCCACCGUUAAUAUACCGUGUGCCACCGAAGAUAGCGAUUGCUGUAUGCUAACGUCAGCGACGCAUUCACCUCAUCAUCAUCAUCAUCACCAUCAUCAUCAGAUGGGCUUUUGCGGACAUAACGCAUUUGGCGGCACCGAGGCGACCGUUAGCAGCAUUUGCUCAUUUAAUAAUGGCGAUCAAUGCGAUACCGUUGCUAGCUUGGAACCAACACCAACACCACCACCACUACAAAGUGAUCUCAAUUAUUCUACAUACGAUACAAACCGAACUCUGUUCGAUUUCACUCACGAUGACUUGACACCAUCGCAAUUUUUAAGUAGCCAUUUAGAGUUUAACAAUCGUUUCGAGUUUCCAAGAUUAUAAAAUAUUAAAUAUUUUAUAGAAAUUUUAGAAACCCAUAAAUAAUACACAUACAUAAAUACAUGUGUGCUUGCUAACAUACAUACUACACAUAAUAUAAAC